AUGGCAGCUGACUCUGGGAGUGAAUCCAGCAGUGACAGUGAAGCUGAAGAUUCAGUAGAUGAUGAUGUUAUAGUAACCAAUGUUGUUAAAUGUGACAUUAACAAGCAAGCUCCUCUUGCAAAUCUUACAACAUCUGACUACCAAAUUAUUUUAAACCCAACUGGUUGGCUCACUGGUGACAUUGUACAAAAAGCUCAGAUGGAAUCAAUACCAAAUUUGAACAAUGGGAUAUUGUCUGGUGGUGGUCCAACUGACAUUGAGCUGGGACAGCUGGGACAACUGGGACAGCUGGGACAGCUGGGACAACUGGGACAACUGGGACCUGAACUGGGACACUUGGGACAACCGGGACAACUGAUACCUGUGGGACCAGCACUGGGAUACUUGGGACAACUGGGACAGCUGGGACAACUGGGACAACCGGGACAACCGGGACAACCAGGAAAACCGGGACAACUGGUACACUUUGCCUACUGUUACAUGAAUCGAAAUUGCGUGCCGCUGGAUUUUAAAACCGUGGACUCUCGAACUAUUACUACAAGGUUUAACAGAGAGACUGGAUGGUUUGCCAACAGGUGUUGUGGUAGACAACUGUUGCACUGUACGCAAGAAACUACAGGGAGUAUUUGGAGAGAAUACUGUUGUCAAACUGGACAUUUUCAUGCAAUUCAGCGAAUUGUGACAAAAAUACCAAAGCGGUCUGGAAACAAGAUACUGAAGAGCUUGAGAAGGGCCUUACUUAAGGACUUGCGGCUGUGUUUUCGACAGGAGAGUGACUAUGGUAGUAAAAGAGUGAAACCCACUCCUUCUAGUAAAACUAUGGAAGCAAAUUUACUUAAGUUUUUAUUGUGCUCAGAUUCUUAUGAACAACUAGAUGGAAUUUUAGAGAACUAUGUUUUUGUUAGAAUUCUAGUUAGCAGUGAUGGAAAUUGCUGCUGUGCUUCAAUUUCAUUUGGAAUAGAACCGUUUUUAUUAGAUAAAAGUAACACAUCCCUUUGUAGCCACCUAUUCAAAUUAGGAUUAUUCCAGGGACAAAGCAGUGAAGAGAGAGUUAAUUUGUUACGUUCCCGGGUGGUUCAGGAGUGGCUAGGGGACAACAGUCAUGAGUAUACCAGCUUUCUUACAAACACAGAAGAAAGUUUAUUUGAAGAUAUGGCAAAGAAUUUUCUUGAGUCUGGAUUUUUUGACUGUGAACUUGGGAACAGUGUACCUCUUGCACUUUGUAAUGUACUUAAAUGUCCCAUUGUGCUAUUUACAUCAGUCAUUGACUACCCAAUCCUUCCACUUGUACCACAAAUAGAAAUAUUAUCAACCAUUCCUAUUCGUGCAGCAUAUAUUCGAUCAGGAAGUGGACAUUAUGAUGCUGUAGCUUCAUGCAACAAUGGACAAAAGGACAGUCUCUGUAAUUCAGAAAAAAUGCUAACAGAUAAUGAACACCAGCCUGAUAAACAUUUAACUGCUUGUAGUUGUGGACGUGGCCAUUCAACAAACAAAAAUAAAAUUUCUUGCAAGGAAUUCAAGUCUAGGUGUAAAUGUUAUCAAAGCUUGAAGGGAUGCUGUGAAAAGUGUUGCUGUAUAAACUGUGAAAAUCCAUAUGGUACAAGGGAGUAUAAAGGUUCAAAUCAGGGAG